AAAAAAAAAAAAAAAAGUCAGCAGCGGGUCUGUAUAAAAGUCGGCGCUCUGAUGAGAUUCGUCCCUUUUCCAGAGACAGGCCAAGAAGCACACAAGUUCCAUCAUGGUGCAGAGAGUGGCAGUGAUCGGGGCGGGCCCCUCUGGUCUUACCUGCGUCAAGGCUUGCCUGGAUGAGGGCAUGGAGCCCACCUGCUUUGAAAGCAGCGACGACAUAGGAGGACUCUGGAAGUUCAAGGAAGUCUCGGAGCCGAACAGGGCUAGCAUAUAUCGCUCCCUGACCAUCAACAUCUGGAAGGAGAUGAUGUGCUACAGCGACUUCCCCAUCCCCGCCGAUUACCCAAACUACAUGCACCACUCUAAGAUCCUGAAGUACUUCAGGAUGUACGCAGAGCACUUUAAAAUGCUGCAACACAUUCGUUUCCAGACCUCGGUGAAGAAAGUCACGCAGAGACCAGACUUUUCCCGCACCGGUCAGUGGGAGGUGGUGACAGAGAAUAAAGAUGGAUUGGAGGAGAGGCACAUCUUUGAUGCAGUCAUCUGCUGCUCUGGUCAUUUCAACUACCCCAAUCUGCCGCUUAAAGACUUUCCAGGAAUUGAGACGUUUGAAGGAAAAUACUUCCACAGCUGGGACUACAAGGGACCCGAGGACAUGCACGGGAAGAGAGUGGUGGUCAUCGGCAUCGGCAACUCAGGAGGAGACAUCGCCGUGGAGGGCAGCAGAGUAGCAGAGCAGGUGUACCUGAGCACUCGCAGCGGUGCCUGGGUCAUCCGUCAGGUUUCCGACAACGGCUUGCCAGUUGACAGGUUCAACACGCGCUUUGUCCAUGUCAUGUUCAAGCUGCUGCCCAUGAGUUUUCUCAACUGGCUCGGGGAGAAGAAGCUCAACGCCAUGUACGACCACGCGGUGUACGGCCUCAAACCCAAACACAGACUCUUCAGCCAGAUUCCAGUGAUCAACGAUGAUCUUCCGUUCAAGAUUUUGUCCGGGUCGGUCCUCGUCAAGCCAAACUUGAAAGAGAUCCGUGGCUCCACCGUGGUCUUUGAUGACGGCAGCACUGCGGAAAAUGUGGAUUUGAUUGUGUUCGCCACGGGGUACAACUAUGAUUUCCCCUACCUGCCGAAGCACGUCAUGUACAAGUCGGGGCACCGUGUGGGUCUCUACAAACAUGUUUUCCCCCCCGUCCUUGAGCAGCCUACUCUGGCUAUCGUGGGCUUUAUCCAUUCUGACGGAUCCAUCAUGCCACAGGCUGAGAUGCAGGCCCGCUUUGUCACUCGUGUCUUCAAAGGACAUAAGAAGCUUCCCUCAAAUCAAACCAUGAUCAAGGCUGUUGAGAAGGACACCAGAAACAUUGAGAAAAACUACGUCGUGUCAAGGCUGACGCCCCUGCAGGUGGACUUUGUCGAGUACAUGGACGACUUAGCGCAGGACAUCGGAGUGCGCCCAAGUCUCCUCUGGCUGUUCCUCACCGACUUCCCCCUGUUUAUGAGGGUUUUCUGGGGGCCCAUCACUGCUUACCAGUACCGACUGAUGGGGCCGGGAAAAUGGAACGGGGCCCGCAGGGCGAUCUUCACGCAGCUCGACCGCAUGUACCAGCCCCUGAGGACACGGCAGCUGGGGCCUCGGGAGAGCUCAACAGCAGGCCGUCUCUUCAAGUGGAGCUUGCUGCUCGUGGCUGGAGGAAGCGCCUUCUACUACAUCCAAGUUCACAAUCCCACCCUCAUCCCUACCCUGAUGUCCAAACUUCGCCCACAAACCGUCUAAAGAAGCCCCAAGUUCAGAACCUCUGAUGUUAACUGUGGUCAUCUGUCAGUCAUGCAGCAGCGUAACCCCAUCUACUGAGAUCGAACAAUGCAGCUCUUUUUACUUUAACAUGCAACGCUGGUGACACUCACUCUAGCCUGUGCUGAAGUAAUGUUUCACAAUGCAAAUCUAUUGCAGUUUAACUGUUUACAAGCAGGCCAGAACUAAACCACUGAUGCGCUGCAGAUCAUUGUUUAUUGACAAGAAGGGAGGAUGUGGAGCCAGGAUCAGAAAGCUGACAGACAGAGUUCACCUUCCUGAACCACGGAAGUAGAAAAACAGAGGGAGAGACACAAGAAGUCAGGGAAAGCAAAAAUAAAGACAUCCGAUGUUCCUAUAAUGAACUGGGCUCUGAUUAUAUAUAUUAUACAAAAAGCAUUCCAAACAAUAAUGUGAACCUGCUUUGCUAAUUUCAAACCCAGCUCUUGGGCAUUUUAAGGAUAGAUUUAUGGUUGGAACACCAAGUUAUGCUUAAAGUUCAAACAUCCAGGUUGUAACUUGUAUUCUUAGGUUUAAGAGCCACACUUUGACUUCUCCAGAGAUUCCUCCCUCUUGUGGUUUAAACAUUGCCUGCACUUAUCAAAAAUUCUGCACAGUUUGUGUUGCAGUUCUUCUCCUGCACCAACAACCAGACGCUGUCAUCACCAUAAAUAUGCUACCAUUACAAAAGUGUGACACGUUUCUUUUUGUCUUUUUGAUAUUACAUUAUUUUUCAUAUAGACUACUACCUUCUGGUGUUUUCAGUGAACACGAGGCUUUUGUCAUUUGAAUAAAUGUUUUAAAGGAACAUUAAAGCAAUAGGUGCUGCUAAUAAUACUUUUCCA